AUGUCGCCAUCGCAGGGGCUCUUUCCCGGCGCGGCGCAAGGGGCUGGCGCGGGCUCAUGGCCAGCAGUCGUGCAAGAGCCCUGCAGAGAGGCCUCCCGCCUGCAGCACUCAGCCCGAGCGCGCCACGACGCGGCUGCACGGGGGGGUCCUAGGCCCCAGCAUCCCGGGGAACGCCGCUUCGCCUUGCAGCGGGUGACUGUGCAGCGGGCGCGAUCCCGCGGGGGCCACGAGGACGCGCGUCUGCCGCAGCUGCGCACAUCUGCCUGGGGACCCGGUCACGUGGCCUCCGCCGCCCGCGCUGGGCAUUGUGGGGCCGCUGACGGGCCAAUAUGGCGGCGCGCGCUGCGGCCUGAACCGUCCUGCUGCCGCUGCCGGCCUCCCGCUCCUUUCGCCAUGCUGGCGCGGCUGCUACUCCUGAGGCCGGCCCUCUUCGCCACGCCGGCGGCCAAGGGCAGGCCUGCGCGGGCCUUUUUGGUUGCCAGGUCCUCCGGCAGCCAUGCCAGAUUCUCCAACCUUCUCCGGGCUCCUGAGCGGCUGGCCAGGCCGCCUCCAGCCGUGCCGCUGCUCUUUGCACAUGCCCUCUUCCCCCUGGGCCGGGCUGCCGUCUUACUGGCUGGCGUGGGGGCUACUUUCCGCAGCCGGGCCUUGUGCCAGCAGGUGGACGGCGAUGUGCCGCUGGCGUGCGUCUCCCCGGUUGCAGAGAAACUGCCUCCCUUUGACUGGGCCACCUUCUGGAAGUUCCUGAGGCCGCAGCUGCUGGCGCUGACUGCAGCAGUCCUGCUGGCCCUCGGAGUGGCGCUCCUCAAUGUGCAGAUCCCAUUGGUGCUGGGUGAUGUGGUCAACGUGGUGGCCCGCUACACGGAUCUGGGAAAUUACCUGCGUUUGGUGCAACGCCCUGCCAUGCGCUUGCUGAGCAUCUAUGCCCUCCAGGGGGCGUUGACCUUUGGCUACAUCGUGCUGCUUUCGCGCAUCGGAGAGAAUGUGGCCAAUAAUAUGCGCAAGGAGCUUUUCAGCUCCUUGAUCAGGCAGGACGUGGCGUUCUUUGAUGCCAACCGGACAGGGCAGCUGGUGCAUCGCCUGACCUCGGACAUCCAGGAGUUCAAGUCCUCCUUCAAGAUGGUCAUCUCUCAGGGCCUGCGCAGCACCACCCAGACUGCUGGCUGUUUAAUGUCUCUCUACUGGAUCUCGCCCAAGCUGACCGGGCUGCUGGUGCUGGUGAUGCCCACGCUGGUGGGGGCCGGGACGCUCAUUGGCUCCUUUCUGCGCAAGCUUUCCCGCGAGGCUCAAGAGCAGGUGGCCAAGGCCACAGCAGUGGCAGAUGAGGCCCUGAACAACGUCCGGACGGUGCGCGCCUUUGCCAUGGAGGACAGAGAGAUGCAGCAGUACUCCGCUGAGGUGGAUCACUCCGGCUGCCUCAACAUGAACCUGGGCGUGGGCAUCGCGGCCUUUCAGGGGCUCUCCAAUUUGGCACUGAACUGUAUCGUGCUGGGCACUCUGUUUGUGGGGGGCUCCCUCAUGGCUGGGGAAGAGCUGAGCCCCGGAGAUCUGAUGUCCUUCCUGGUUUCCACGCAGACAGUGCAGAGGUCCUUGGCCAACAUGUCCGUUCUGUUUGGGCAGGUGGUGCGGGGAAUGAGUGCUGGGGCCCGUGUCUUUGAAUACAUGACUCUGAUGCCACAGACCCCCUUGUGUGGAGGGCAGAGGCUGGCACGCAACUCCCUGCAGGGGCACAUUCAGUUCCAAGACGUCUGCUUCAGUUACCCAACUCGGCCGGGAUACCAGGUGCUGCGAGACUUCUGCCUCUCCGUCCCCCCCAACAAGACGGUGGCCAUCGUGGGAGAAUCUGGAGGAGGGAAGUCCACAGUGGCUGCGCUCCUGGAGCGGUUCUAUGAGCCCACAGCGGGCACCAUCUCCCUGGACGGGCAGGACAUCAGCACUCUGGACCCUUCCUGGCUGCGGGGCGAGGUCAUCGGCUUCAUCAACCAGGAGCCAGUGCUCUUCAGCACCUCCAUCAUGGAGAAUAUCCGCUUUGGCAAGCCGAGUGCAUCGGAUGCUGAAGUCUACGCUGCUGCUUGCCUGGCCAAUGCUGACUGCUUUAUCCGCAGCUUUCCUGAGGGGUACAACACCGUGGUGGGGGAGCGCGGGGUGACGCUGUCGGGCGGGCAGAAGCAGCGGGUGGCGAUUGCUCGGGCGCUGCUGAAGGAGCCGGCGGUGCUGGUGCUGGACGAGGCGACGAGCGCGCUGGACGCGGAGGCGGAGCGGCUGGUGCAGGAGGCGCUGGAGCGGGCAGGGGCCGGCCGCACCGUCCUCCUCAUCGCCCACCGCCUGAGCACCGUGCAGGGCGCGGACCUCAUCGUGGUGCUGGCCCAGGGCCGCGUGGCCGAGGCGGGGAGCCACGCGGAGCUGCUGAGCCGGGGCGGCCUCUACGCCGAGCUGAUCCGUUGCCAGACCACGAGGGACGCCGCCGCCCCCAAUAAACCACUCCUCCAAUAA